AUGCAAAAUCUUCAGAAGUAUAUGGCUUCCGUGUUUGAGAUGAAGUCAUUGGGUGAUUUGAAGAGUAAAAAGCAAAAAAGGUUGUCUCGGUCUAGUGCCGAAGCUGAGUAUUGUGGGAUGGCUCAAGGUGUGUGCGAGUUACUAUGGUUGAGGAGAUUGUUGAGAGAUCUUGGGUUUGUGCCCCAGAAACCCAUGGAUUUGUAUUGUGAUAACAAAGUUGUAAUUGCGAUUGCUCAUAAUCCUGUGCAACAUGAUUGUACAAAGCACGUGGAGGUUGAUCGACAUUUUAUUAAAGAGAAAGUGGAUGCUGAGAUUGUUUCUUUUUCGUUUAUGUCAUCCGAGUAUCAAUUGGUAGAUGUACUUAUAAAAUCUGUGUCUACUACUGUCUUUCUCAACUCGCUUGACAAGUUGGGCAUGCGUGACAUCUUUGCUCCAACUUGA